AAUGGCAGCGACGGACGUAGACACGUACCCCAGUGAAGAGAUGAGAAACCUUACUCUUGGUGGUCAUGUGGGCUUUGACAGUCUUCCUGACCAGCUGGUCAGUAAAUCAGUAGCCCAAGGUUUCUGUUUCAACAUUCUCUGUGUAGGUGAAACAGGAAUCGGCAAAUCAACUUUGAUGAACACUCUUUUUAACACAACCUUUGAAAACGAAGAGGCCAGCCACUAUCUGAAUGGAGUGCAUCUGCGACCCAGGACUUAUGACUUAAAGGAGAGCAAUGUCGAUUUGAGGUUGACUAUUGUUGACACUGUGGGCUUUGGGGACCAAGUCAACAAAGAGGAAAGCUAUAAACCAAUCGUGGACUACAUCGACACUCAGUUUGAAAGUUUCCUCCAAGAAGAACUUAAAAUAAAGCGUUCGCUUUUUAACUACCAUGACACGAGAAUCCAUGUCUGCCUUUACUUCAUUGCUCCCACGGGACACUCUCUCAAAUCCCUUGAUUUGGUUACCAUGAAAAAACUGGACAGCAAGGUCAACAUCAUUCCCAUUAUUGCAAAGGCAGACACGAUUUCCAAAAGCGAGCUGCACAAGUUUAAGAUCAAAAUCAUGAGCGAACUGGUCAGCAAUGGUGUACAGAUCUAUCAGUUCCCAACAGACGAUGAGGCUGUUGCAGAAAUCAACUCAUCCAUGAAUGCUCUUCUUCCCUUUGCUGUGGUGGGAAGCAGUGAGGAGGUGAAAAUAGGGAACAAAAUGGUGAGAGCCAGACAGUAUCCGUGGGGAGCAGUGCAGGUGGAGAACGAGAGCCACUGUGACUUUGUGAAACUGAGAGAGAUGCUGAUCAGGGUGAACAUGGAGGACCUGCGGGAGCAGACACACACCCGUCACUACGAGCUGUACCGACGCUGUAAACUGGAGGAGAUGGGCUUCAAAGACACGGAUCCCGACAGUGAACCGUUCAGUUUGCAGGAGACAUAUGAGGCCAAAAGAAGAGAGUUUCUUGGAGAACUACAGCAUAAGGAAGAAGAGAUGCGACAGAUGUUUGUCAACAAAGUGAAAGAGACUGAGGCUGAGCUGAAAGAGAAGGAAAAGGAGCUGCAUGCCCGGUUUGAGCAGAUGAAGCGGAUGCACCAGGAGGAGAAGAGGAACGUGGAGGAGAAGAGGCGAGACUUGGAGGAGGAGAUGAACUCCUUCAACAGGAGGAAGAAUGCUGCCGAGACACUGCAAGGCCAAUCUCUCCAGGGCUCUUCGGCACAGUCCAUCAAGAAAAAUUGAUUUAAAGGCGCAAACUUCCCAAGGGAUGGCGGCAUUAAUCGUUUCAGUUGUCACACCAUCACAGCAGUAUUAAAACGAGCCAAUUACACACUAAACAUUACAGUGUGUGGACAGCCAUGAAUUGGCCUGAGUAAUACCUCUAGUCACCACUGGACUCUUGUUGUUCACUGUAAGAACAUUCUGACCAAGCUUAAAGAGUAACCAAUGUUAUAACUUUUCACACAUGAGCUCUGUGUUUGUGUUCCACAUCAAUACAGCAUAAGACAUUUCGAUUAAUCUAACCCGGUCAAAACCAGAGCGAUCCUUAACUGCCCAGUACCCAGCUGUACAGAACUAAUGAGACAGGUUGGACAGUGUAUGUUCUUACAUCUAGAUGGGU